CUGGAAGAGCUCAGAGUAUACAGAUCAUAGCAGAGUAAAACACCUUACCCUAAAGAGGUGUAUAAACCAAAUAUAAACUUUAGCACUUAGCAGCUUUCUUCAGAUUACUGUCUGAACGCCUCGGAACAGCACUGUAGUGGCAGUUUUGAAGUUGUUGCGAUCUUAGUUUGCAUCUCUUCAGAAGGAAACCAUUGAUUCGCCGAACUUGUGAGAGUUUCGCUCACAACAGUUGAAGUUUGAAGAUCAUCGGGCUAACAAUAAAGACUGCGCACUGUUAUCCAUUUGAACUUCAAAGUAAAAGACUGAAGUCUUUCAAUUCUCCGGAGUCGCUCGUUUGAGCAGGAAGAACCUCUUAGUUGCUCUCUCGAACUUUUGCGGAGUUUUACUCUGAAGACCACAGCUGAAGCAAAGGAGAAAAGAGGAAAACCCCGUGAGUAAAAGACAUUUGAACUGUGUUUUGGUCACUCUUCUAUGUCUACCAAGAUGGAAACUACUUUCUACGAUGACUCGCUGAACGCUGCCUUCUCCCAGCAUGACAGUGCCAGCUACGGAUACAACCACAAAGCCCUGAAACAAAACAUGACGCUCAAUCUCACUGACCCAGCGGGGACCCUAAAACCUCACCUGCGGGCGAAAGCGAACGACAUUCUGACUUCGCCAGAUGUCGGACUGCUUAAACUGGCCUCGCCAGAGUUGGAGAGACUCAUCAUCCAAUCAAGCAACGGCUUGAUUACCACUACCCCGACCCCGACUCAGUUUCUCUGUCCGAAGAACGUCACAGAUGAACAGGAGGGGUUUGCUGAGGGUUUCGUGAGGGCACUGGCGGAGCUGCAUCACCAACACAUGCCUAAUGCGCCCAGUGUCACGUCUGCCCCACAAACGAGUAUAAACAGUGCCAUGGCACCUGUUUCCUCAAUGGCGGGGGGGACCGUUUACAACUCCACCAUGCGUUCCGAUCCACCGGUGUACGCAGACCUCAACACGUUCAAUCCAGCAAUCAGCACUGCACCGGCGCCGAGCUACAGCACUGCGAAUCCCGCCAUGACUUACUCGACUGCUCCACCGCAGCACCACAUGAGCACACAGCUGCCAGUUCAACACCCCCGGCUGCAGGCGCUUAAAGAGGAGCCGCAGACAGUGCCCGAGAUGCCCGGUGAGACCCCUCCACUGUCCCCCAUCGAUAUGGAAAGCCAGGAGCGGAUAAAGGCUGAAAGAAAGCGCAUGAGGAACAGAAUCGCUGCCUCAAAGUGCCGGAAGAGGAAGCUGGAGAGGAUUUCUAGACUGGAAGAUAAGGUCAAGAGCCUGAAGUCCCAGAACUCUGAACUGGCGUCCACCGCUAAUAUGCUCCGGGAGCAGGUUGCCCAGCUCAAACAAAAGGUCAUGAAUCAUGUCAACAGCGGAUGCCAACUGAUGUUGACACAACAGUUGCAAACGUUCUGAGAAAGAGAACAACGAAAGCUUCGAGCGAGACAAA